GCGGUCGGGCGAGCGAGCGGCCAGGCGAGGAGCAGCGGGCGCGAGCCGCAGAGGGGAGCGGAGUCCGCGCGCGCGCACGCACGCACGCACGCGGGGGGCGGGGGCAGGCGCGCGCCCGCCUGUCGCGACAGUCGGGGCCGAGGCACAGGGGGAGGUGGCCUGUCGCGGGUCGCCCGGCUCCCGGAGGCGAGGGGGGCGCGGGCGGAUGGCGGAGGGCGCCCAGCCGCAGCAGCCGCCUCAGCUCGGGCCCGGCGCCGCCGCCCGGGGCAUGAAGCGGGAGUCCGAGCUGGAGCUGCCGGUGCCCGGAGCGGGAGGAGACGGAGCCGAUCCCGGCCUGAGCAAGCGGCCGCGCACUGAGGAGGCGGCGGCCGACGGUGGCGGCGGGAUGCAGAACGAGCCUCUGACUCCAGGUUAUCAUGGAUUCCCAGCGCGGGACAGCCAGGGUAACCAGGAGCCGACAACAACUCCUGACGCAAUGGUUCAGCCUUUUACUACCAUCCCAUUUCCACCACCUCCGCAGAAUGGAAUUCCCGCAGAGUAUGGGGUGCCACACACUCAAGACUAUGCCGGCCAGACCGGUGAGCAUAACCUGACACUCUACGGAAGUACGCAAGCCCACGGGGAGCAGAGCAGCAACUCACCCAGCACACAAAAUGGAUCUCUUACGCAGACAGAAGGUGGAGCACAGACAGACGGCCAGCAGUCACAGACACAAAGUAGUGAAAAUUCAGAGAGUAAAUCUACCCCGAAACGGCUGCAUGUCUCUAAUAUUCCUUUCCGCUUCCGGGACCCUGACCUCCGGCAGAUGUUUGGGCAGUUUGGCAAAAUCCUAGAUGUAGAAAUAAUCUUUAAUGAACGUGGCUCUAAGGGAUUCGGGUUCGUAACUUUCGAGAAUAGUGCUGAUGCAGACAGGGCCAGGGAGAAAUUACACGGCACCGUGGUAGAGGGCCGUAAAAUCGAGGUGAAUAAUGCUACAGCACGUGUAAUGACCAAUAAGAAGAUGGUCACACCGUAUGCAAAUGGUUGGAAAUUAAGCCCAGUAGUUGGAGCUGUAUAUGGUCCGGAGUUAUAUGCAGCAUCCAGUUUUCAAGCAGAUGUGUCCCUAGGCAAUGAUGCAGCAGUGCCCCUAUCAGGAAGAGGGGGUAUCAACACUUACAUUCCUUUAAUCAGUCUCCCUUUAGUUCCUGGCUUCCCUUACCCUACUGCAGCCACCACGGCAGCCGCUUUCAGAGGAGCCCAUUUGAGGGGCAGAGGGCGGACAGUAUAUGGUGCAGUCCGAGCGGUACCUCCAACAGCCAUCCCCGCCUAUCCAGGUGUGGUUUACCAGGACGGAUUUUACGGUGCUGACCUCUAUUCAGCUGAAGAAAUGUUAACAUCUCACUCUAAAUCUCUCAGUGGAGUCUCUGUUCCCUUCUCUGAUAUAACAGAUGGGGUGGAUAUGCAGCCUACAGAUAUGCACAGCCUGCUACUGCAACCGCAGCCACCGCUGCUGCAGCCGCUGCAGCCGCUUACAGCGACGGUUAUGGCAGGGUGUACACAGCCGACCCCUACCACGCCCUUGCCCCUGCCGCUAGCUAUGGAGUUGGCGCUGUGGCGAGUUUAUACCGAGGUGGCUACAGCCGAUUUGCCCCCUACUGAAGUGACGUGAGACCCCUGCAAAUGGGACAGCCCCCCAGUUCAUGAGGCCUGGCUAUUGCAAUAUUUACUAGUAGAGGAACUCUAUAGCAAGAUGAAGAGGAAAAACAAACAAACAAAAAAAAACACAAAAAAAGAAAGAAUACUUUUUUAUACCUCACUAUGUUCUUUGAAUAUGUAUUUUUCCUUUAAAUUUCUGCCUUUAAUUCUUUUGUUCCAAAGAUUGUGCAUUUUUUUCUUUUUUUUUUUUAAACUGUGGUAAAAAAAAAAAAAUAAUGCAUUUCCAUGUCUGUAUGUCCGUGCUUAGCUUAUUCUAUCAAUCACGGAAGAGGCAGUCAAGGAGGAAGGAGAGACAUUAGGAGCCGAUAAAUGCAUCUGAUCAGAAAUCAGCAGACAGAAUUACCAAAGUGUAUCUGGUGCUGAAUGGCUGGGGGACAAGCAGAAGUGGAAGAGAUCUUUCUGCAACAGGAUAUUCUUCUAGUCUUCUGAGUUUCUGGUCUUUGACAGGCAAUUCUGGUUGGCUGUGGCUGGAAUCCACAUGCUGAUAGAUAGGAAUUUGUGCUUAUAAAGCAGGAGAAUUAAAAAGAUGCUUUCCUCUCCUCUUCCCUCCUGUCUUCUCCAUUCUUUUUACAAUCAUCUUACACGCACAGCCUGAGACAGUUGGCAUAGUUUUUGGAAUUAUAGUAUUGAUAUUUCCAAACGUGCUCUCAGACUGUGGAUAAUAAACACCUCAUUAGGAAACCGAUCUCAGAAUGAACUCUGGAGUAUGAAAAAGAUCAUUUCUAUUGUUCCUGUAACCUAGCAUUCCUUCUAGGCUUCUUCUCCUUUAAUUGAACCACAGCUUAGCUCAUGUAUUCUUUUAUUAACACCCUGCUCUCAUGUCGAUAAGAUUCAGGAAUUUAGGACCCAGGGACAGAAAAAUGAAUAAGCCAGUGGCCAGAUUUCCCCCAGAUGUCUUGAGGAUUAGAAGUACAAAUUGUUCACAGCCAUUAAAGAGGGCGAGGAAGAGAAAAGGAAUAUUAGAAGAUCUGGUAUUUCUUACUUUUUUCUUGCCUCAGAAAGUACAAAGUUUAAAAAAUAGAAUAAAGAAUCUGCUGGGGAAAGAUAGAGUACCAGGUCCUAGGUCAGUAGUCCCUGGAAGUUUUGGUGAUGAGGACAUGGAAGGGCAGGCAGAGGCACUUUGUACUUGCUCCAAAGCCAUAGGAAUUUUCAUCUUCCAGAGCCUUUAUGAGUCACUUCUCUAUCCACAGUCUUGAGCCUGUGGCUAUCCCGCUGAGCUUCUCACUGUCCUCCAAAACAGCCAGCUGAGCACCCAGACCACUUUGUGUACAUUAACACUACAGGACAUAAAAUGCAGAGGCCCUGAGAUUGCUGCCUUCCCAUAUUGGAAGGAGGGUCUGAAAUGGCAAGGGUCUUCUAUAUCGCCAGAAAGAGUCACGCAGUGAGUCACUGCCAUUGCCAUCUGGCUGUAAUUUUCUAUGUUAUCAAGGUAGGAGAGAGUGUUUCUCUUCUAGCUGUUAGAUAGAACUGAUAAAAGCAAGUGUCCUACAGCAUUUCCCAAAUGAAGGCAUUAGGAAAUAGAAAAGCAUGGUCUUUUUGGCUCCCUGGUCUAUUCACAUUGGUACUAGGGUGACCUUUCACCCAAGGGACAGCUGCUAAAGGGAGUAAUUCAGAGACAUGGAGCUUCUGGUUUGUUAUGGGUUUGUUUUGGGUUUGUUUUUAACUCCUGCCUCCACACAUGUUCUUGACUGAUAACUGACUCAUGUCCCUGAGUUAAAAUGACUGACCUAUGACAGCAUCAAGCAUUCUUUGUAAGCAGAGUGAUAUAUCUGAGAGGGCGUUGACCUGUCAUGUAGAAUACAUAUCCUUUCCCCCUUCAGAAUCCUGUCUCGCCUCAUAACUGGGAGAGAGGCUGUGCCUGAAACUAGGGGCGAUGUCAAGGAAGCUAGAGGCCUCGAUGCAAUUAUUGCUGAUUCUGGGGAGGAAGACAGAGAAUAAGGGGACUCCAACUGCCCAGUCCAUUGGCCAUUUUUAAGGGUCCCCCCACCCCAAGCCAAAGUUUGGUUUGUUGCUGUUAAGACAAUUUUUGUUGUAUGUAUAUAAAUAUUUUAGUUAGAGGAGCGGGGAAUGGGAUGCGGGCUUUCACAGUUCUAGGGAAUGGGGGCAGGGAGGAUUUUGCUUUUGCUUUUGCUUUGAGGGAGAACUUUAGCUGACUAAAAAAACGGAAGUUUGGGGUCAUGAUCACAAAGGGGCCAUUCCCAAAAGAUGGCAAGCCACGUACUCAGUGGAGACUAGGCCAAAUUCUAAAUGGUUGUAUCCAUAGCAGGGGAGAAUAGGAGAAUGAGUUUACGAGUUUUUCUCUUCUUUUUUCCUAGAAAGAGGUAAGGAUAACGGGAAAGGUAGAGAAGGCAUCUCCCACAGACCUUUUAAGAGAGGCAGAAUCUUGAGCUUGAGGCACCUUGAGUGCAUCUCAGUUCAGCUGGUUCUGGCUGAGGCCUCCAAAGGCAAGCUCUGUGCUUCCCAGUGGUUUCUGCUGCAUUUCCAGGGAUGGUGUUUAACACCGCUUCCUCCAGCUCCCUUUUCUAAGAAAGAAUAAAUGGAGUUCUGCUUUUUAUGAAAGGGUCUUUGGUUUUCAGUGUCAACACUGAGAAUUGGGGCUCUUACAAGCAUCUAGAUUUCACAGUAUCAACCUCCCCGUCACCUUUUGAACUUUGAGACUCCGUACAGUCAACUUCACCAGAGGCAGCACUGCUUGUCUGUUUCUGACUCUGGUUCUCACCGUAUUAAGAAAGAGAGUCAGAGGAGUCUGGCAUUUCGUGAGUUUGUCAGAGGAUGCUGGCUGAUAAUUCCAGAAAACUCACUGAUGCUAAAUCACAGUACAUGCAUGAUUCUUUUUCAGCUUUACUAUAGUUCAUGACCUGUACUUUCUGUACUCUUGGAAGCUGGGCUCCUUAAAGGAGGCCUCUAGUGAACACCUUUAUCUCCAUGUCGCUCUUCGAGCCCAGAGAGCUGCCCAUAGGCAUUUUCCAGAAUUCCUUGUGUCACUUAGUUCAAUUUCCAUUAACUCAGAUCAGCCAUUGUGAUUCACCAUUUGUCAGGCUCUCGGGUUUAACAAAACCUACUAUCACCAUCAUCCUCCAACAGCCACAGUCUGAAUUGAGCCAACAUUUUUUUUUUCUUUGAGAAAUGGACUGGGGCACAACUGUUAGUCUGAGGGGAGCUAGUGGAAAUCUAGACAAUAGAAGUCAUCGAUAGCAGCUUUUCCUCAAAUGUGUGACUCCUCAGGGGCUGAACUGCUCUUAGCUUAGAAUUAUGCUUUACUAGAGAUCUAGCAGAUAAGUGGGUUAAUCACUACCAUCCUGUAACUAGUUAUAUAGCUUCCCGACAUGAGGGAGACACCAAACAGGGAUGGAAGCAACCCCAAGGAUAUGCAAGAAGGGCAUGGUGAACCCCCUUCCCUCUGGCAGGAGAACAAGGCCAACCAAGGGACAGACUGGAAAGCACUUAGAUGUUUAAGGAGGGGAACGGGGAAACUGACGGGUCCUCCCCUUUUGCCAAGUUCAGCCAGUUCUCUGCUGCUUGCAACCCUCUAGCACAGUAACAUUUGCAGAAUUGCAGAUUUUUCCCCCAGAUACUAGGAGGAAAGGGACUUUGGGGGGUGGGGAAGGGGUCGUGGUGUUUUAAAAGCAUAAGUUACCUGUUUGCACUGUUUUAAGAUAGGAAAAAAAUAGUGGGCAAGGUGAACGUCGGACGUAAAUUUGUGUGUUUUUAUUUUGUCAUGCUCUUGAAAAUGUUUGACCAUUUGUAGUAUACACAGUGAAACUUGAUUCUCCCUGUUGCAUAAAACACUAUAUUUUUUUGGAAAUGUUACUGUCCAAAAGCCUCUUCCCUCCCUUUCCUUUUCCUGUGUACUUCCUUCAUACUUGCUUUACUGAUCAGCCAGGCAAUAGCCAUCCAAGAGCUAGAGCAUGAAACAGGGCCCCUUCCAAGUAGGCUCUGGGUGUCCUAAGCCAGCGUGUGCCCUCUGGUUUAGUGAGUGUAAUAGAGUCCCUGGCACCUUUCUUUGCAAAUAAGGCUUACAGACCAGACCGCAGCAAGUUAUCAAAUUCCUCAAUCAGAUGCACUAGGAGUGAGGAGCCCAGGGAUGGAGGGGGUUCCUGAAGUAUUGCAGUUGGCUGUAGUAGCUGAGUUCUUUUCCAUGUUACCGAAACUGUAGCCAGUUACAGUUUACUCAGGAAAACGGUAGAUCAAUUCAGCCAUGGUAGUGCUGGUUGGCAGAGAUUGGUAACGGAGAGAACUGCUCAUCAGCCAAAACUCAAGCCUUGCCUUUCAGGAGGCCACCAGCAGAGGGACUUGGUCCUCCUUGUCUGGUACUUGUGUACGUGCCGGUGACCUGAGGACUCCACUCACACUGGCGAGCAAAAAGGGAACAGUGAUUCUCUUUUCUCUCCCACCCCCUGCCCUUUGUUACCAACACCAGUUUCCCAGGGGGUACAUGAGUUUUUGAAUUUUUAAAAAAUGUGUUUUGGUUUGGUUUUUCCGGGGACUGAUAAGUGCUUUAAGCAAUGUCCAUACCCCGUCAAGACUCCCAGCUUAGUCAUUUUCUUGUAUUUUUCUGUUCACAGUAUUUGUGUGUGUGCUUGUUUUGGCAGCUCAUUUUGGCUGUAUUAUAUAUCGAGUUGAUCCUCUUUUUUCCCCAAGGGAUAUGAAUUGUUUUUCUUGUGUUAUAUUCUGCUUGUGAAUAGCUGGAGCAAACCUGGGGCUGACACACGUAAGCUAGGGCUGCAAAGCGAGAAGAGAGCCGGUGGAGUGUACUUGUCCCUGACAGGCUGACCUACCUGAGUCUCUGAGCUUUCCAGUCCAAAUCUUUGCAAGGCUCAAAAUGCCACAGAACCUCUCCUCUUCUCCCCACUCCCCAUGGCAGGGACUGGACCAUCCCUACAUGCAACAUGCUGUUCCUCCAGCCCCUCCCGUUGCCAUGGCAAAACAGGUACCUUUGGGGCAUGGGGGCAUUACAUGGGAUGCUUAUGUAAUCGACCACCUAGCCUUCUCUCUCCCCUCCCGUCCUCCCCCAGAAUCACUUCCUAGGACACCCGAGCUGCUUGCCCAGGGUCCUGUUUCCCUGCUAACUCCAGAGAAGCAUCCCAGGGCUUUGUGACAGUCUCUAAUUCCCUUCCCUUCUCGUUAAGAAUCAUAUUGUAUAGUAGCUUUCAAGACCAUACAGUAUUCAUUGGGUUACUCCUAUUAUUAUCAAGUAGCUGGAAUUGUGAAGGUCGGAGUAGUUAGAUCUUUAGCUUUUAUUCCUUAUUUUUUUGUAUUACUCUCCAUGUGUAUAAAUUAUUGAUCAUGUUGCUGGCUUUUAUAAACUCUAAGCGAAGGAGGAGCCCUGCCUCUGCCUUUGCACAUGGUAAUGAAGCACUGUUUUUAAAUAAAAGAGAGAAACACCA